UCGACGUCGAGUACACGCAAUCGAGUUGUCCGCUACACGAACGUCAUGGCUCUCAUGACUCGGCGUUUCCUCCACUCAACUCCUCGUUUCUUCAAGACUGCAUCCGCCCAGGAAGCCUGCAUUGAACUCUUUGCACGUUUCGGAAGCUCUCCUGUAUCCAUACGAUCACAGCUACUGGACGCUAAUCAGCUGCAUCUUCUGAAUGCUACGCUCAACCGCGCGUCCACCUCUUCUUCUUCUCCGCAGGACGGAACCCCGGUCCCUGCAGGCUACCACCUUGUGUAUUUCACUCCAUCAGCAUCAGAAAGCGAAUUAGGCAGCGAUGGCACAGAUCGGACCGUAAACCCUCUCCGACCAUUCACACGACGAAUGUGGGCAGGCGGUGAGUUAGAAUGGAGUCAAGCGCCCGAUACAGCCCUACGCAUUGGGCAAACAGUGCAGGAAACGACCAAGCUGACCAGCGCGGAGGCCAAGAAGUCAAAAACGGGCGCUGAAAUGCUUGUGGUUGGCGUAGAGAAGACAUUCAGCAAUGAAUGCGGGGUUGCUUUGACGGAUCGUAGGAGCUGGGUCUUCCAACAAGAAAUCACGACGCCAAUGCCUGUCCCGCCGCGACUGGCGGAUAAGGCAUUCGAGAAUCCAGGGGUUGGUGACGGAAUGUACUACAGGGACUUCAAGCAAAGUCCUGUAAGCUUAUUUCGUUUCUCGGCGUUGACAUUCAAUGGACACAAAAUUCAUUACUUGCCCGAGUGGUGCCGCGAGGUCGAGGGUCAUAGAGAUGCCGUUGUCCACGGGCCAUUGAAUCUAAUCAACAUCUUGGAUUUAUGGAGGGAUUCACGAAGAGGUAUCAGCGAGAAUAGUGAAGGGAUUGCUCUCCCAAGAAGGAUCAAGUACAGGGCUAUGAGUCCAAUCUACGUCGGGGAAGACUAUAGAAUCGUACUACAGAAGGACGUUGGAGACACCAAGACAUACAAGGUUGAACUUUGGGAUAGCUUUGGAAGAGUGGGAAUGAAAGCAACCAUCGAAGAAUGA